GUUCAUGUUGCUCACAUGCUUGGUGUUAUCAUCUGUCUUUUCCAGAUCGUAAGGAACUCACGCUUCAAAGGUAUAUCUCAAUAAACAUGUUUCAUGGUGAAUCAUUUGAGGCCUUGGUGGGAAUUAUAUCCGGAUAUAAUACCAAUAUGCUGUCUUCUUCUACUCUCCACGCGGAAACCUAACCUACCCAUGGUCGCUGAUUCUUCUCCAAAAAUAUAAUCCGUGUGAUCUCUUCGCCGUCGAAGGAAAGGAAUUGUAUAGCUACUCUAUCAAUGCAGGAAAGCCUCCAAUUGUGUGAAAAAAGGUAUUUCGGAUCUAAAAUUUUUGAAGCGUCAAAACGAGGUAUGUUUCCAAAAAUCAUAUUCAUCAAUUAUUCAAGAAUUGAGAGGAAUUAAUUUUACAUCGCUGCUAGCUCUUUAAUCUAUGUUCAAUCUCGGUUAGAAUGGUACAAAGACGAGAAUUCCAAAUUAAACCUCCAUGCCUUGAAGCUGAAAUUGGAGCAGAAAACUGUUGCUGUGCACUGCACAAAUGAUAUGCUUUUGCUCUCAAUGAAGAAGCUGUUUGGUUUCUCUUUGCAAUGUUUGUGUUAGGAGUAAUAUUUAUUGGGCAGAGAAUGCCUUGACUUUUUGGGAAAACAAAGUUUCUACACUAAGAUUGAUGGUUUUGAGGAGUUGCUUCUACCAAAUUGGACAAUCUGGCAGAGACAUCCUUCAUAUCCGGGUGUGCAUUUUUAUCCUUACUCAGACAUUGCAGUGCUUCUGUGAUGCUAAAAGCAAGUUCGUUGUUACUUGCAAAAGUGAUUUUUUGACUAUCGAUCUUUUCCCUGCUUUGAGAUGCUCCAGAGCCCAAUUGUGGGGUGCCAAGUCUUCCUCUUCGUGGCGGUUGCCAAGCAACUCCACAAGUAGACCACCAAAUACGUAAACGUCGGCUUUUAAAGUCCGAAUACCUGCAACAUUGAAGGAUCAUAAGCCAUACCCUGAUGCAAUGUUCUAUUUAUCACACACAAUCUUACAAAUUAAAAGAUGAGGAUAGAUGAUCUCAAUAUUAGAUUAAUUUACUCUCACUAUAUGAUUGCCCUUAAUGUGUACGAGUAAAAGUCGUUUGUCCAUCCUCUAGCUGAAACAUUUAAGUCGUCUAUCAGUUUACUUAGUUCUUCCAAUUUAUAUGCAAACGAUACCUGUUUCUAGCUGCAAAUGUAUCAUUUUGUGAUGUUCAUAUGCACUUGAAUUUUUCACUGUUGCAAAUAAAACAUAUGGAUUGCAUAAUAUGGUUGAACGGNCUCACUGACCUUUUGGCUAGCCAUAACACAAGAAUAUGAUUAUGCCAUUUAGUACUUUUUGGUUUUUUAGUGCAAAAUCAGCAAUGCACUCUUCCAGGUAUGUCCUUUGCAUUUUAGUCAUAAACAUGAACAUGGAAAUUAGUCUUUUUUUAACUAAAAAUUCAAAAGUAAAAAAGGAGAAUAAUAAUAUUUUGCAAAUAGUUUGUCUUCUAUGUGUGUAUAUCUUAAUUUUCCCAAAGAUGAGAACUCCUACUUUUCUUUUUUAUCUUAUUUUUGACACUUAAAAAAACACAUUAUAGGUGCCCAUACAUGUGCUCAAAUUUUGACUAGGCUGUGUUUGGUUGGAACUAGACUUGAGUUUAAUAAAUUUAGAUGUUGGUAAGAAUGUGUUUUGGUUUGUUUGGCUAUUGGUUGGCAGUUUUCGCUUUAAUCAUUAUUUUGGAUUGAGAUAUUUGGUGUUGUUUGGAUUAAUGUGAUCAUGUCUUUAUGAGUUUGAUUCAUGUGCUCUCUCCUAUCAGCAUGCUACACUUCUCACUGACCUUUUGGCUAGCCAUAACACAAGAAUAUGAUUAUGCCAUUUAGUACUUUUUGGUUUUUUAGUGCAAAAUCAGCAAUGCACUCUUCCAGGUAUGUCCUUUGCAUUUUAGUCAUAAACAUGAACAUGGAAAUUACUCUUUUUUUAACUAAAAAUUCAAAAGUAAAAAAGGAGAAUAAUAAUAUUUUGCAAAUAGUUUGUCUUCUAUGUGUGUAUAUCUUAAUUCUCCCAAAGAUGAGAACUCCUACUUUUCUUUUUUAUCUUAUUUUUGACACUUAAAAAAAAUACAUUAUAGGUGCCCAUACCUAUGCUCAAAUUUUGACUAGGCUAUGUUUGGUUGGAACUAGACUUGAGUUUAAUAAAUUUAGAUGUUGGUAAGAAUGUGUUUUGGUUUGUUUGGCUAUUGGUUGGCAGUUUUCGCUUUAAUCAUUAUUUUGGAUUGAGAUAUUUGGUGUUGUAUGGGAGCUUGGAGCUUGGUUUUAGUGUUGAAUUUUUUUCUUUUUUCUUUUCUUUUCAAUGGGACUUUGAUUGAGUCAUCACAUGUGUGCACGUGUGGUGUCUUCAUCGCUGAGUUUUUUUCUUCCCCAAUUAUGCACCUCUUCAUAGGAAAGUAUCCCAAACGGAUUCUUCUUCGCAUACGGAUUACAUUGGAGACACCCAAACUAACCAUGGAAUUAUCAUCGUACAUGACUCUUGGUAGGUCGUCUCAGCCUCAACUGCUUAAGUUCUCACGUAAAAAUGUUGUAAGUACUGGCCAUAAUGAUUUUCUUGAUACAAAUAGAUAAAGGGACAUUGUUACAUUCAAGGAGUGCAAUGAGGUAUAUUUGAUACUACUAAUAAUUCCAUUCAUAUAGUUCUUUUACAUAUUAUAAAUUGUGUGCUUUUUUCAUUAAAUACUUUAUAUUAUUAUGUGAGUUUUGUGAUGCAUACUAAUAUAUAAUAAAUUUUAAAAAAGGAUGGAUCCUAUGUGGUGUACGGGACUAUCGUGGCAGUGAACAAUAUAAUGACUCUGAUUGGUGGUAUUUAUUAUGUAGUUAAACCUAAUGGUGCAUGUAUUAUUGCGUGCAUUGCUCAUGACGUGUGUUUAACGUCACCUUGAGGUAUCUUAUCACGCUCUCUGUUAAAGAUGAUUUUGGAACUAUGUUUGUCUUAUUUGACCAUGAGGCCUCCUGUAUUUUAAGUACACCAUGUGACCAAUUGAUGGAUAAAAGUGACGCGGUGGAAGUUUUGAGAGACCAAAGGAGUUUGAUGACCUUGGGAAGACCUAUCUUUUUAGGAUUGAGGUGAGGACGGUGUUUUGAAAUCACCAUGAACAAACUUUGAGUGUCCAAAAUCUGUCACGAUGAUACCUCCAUAAAAAAAUACAUGGAGUCUAUUCGAGCAAAAAUAAAGAUUUGGCACUUUCUUUAUGAUUUACUCUUAGAGAAAUUUACCUAAAUAGGAGUAUAGGACUAAAACAUAAAGACUUUCCCAAUAU